CUUAAUCGGGCAAUAAUCCAUGCUUGUCUGCAGAAUGGCCACCGCACGAUUACAUCUCUUUUUAAGCAUUAUUCAUUGCAAAUUAAAUACAAUACUAAUCAAACUAACAAUUAAUUUUUUUAAUUGUUUUAAUCUUUAUUUAAAUUUCAUUUCAAGCUAUUUCUUUCUUUUUUUUUGUUUUCUUUUCCUGUGUUUUAUUCUAAGACCUAUUAUUAAGAAUUGAUUAAUCAAUUAUUAUUCCCCUCUAAAGUAAUUUGGAAAAGGCUAAUGAAUGAUGUAUGAUUUGAAGGAGUCUAUAAAAGGCAAAGCUUUGUCCGCACAAAGGCUUCACUUCACUUCAGUUCUAUAAUUUCCAUUCCAAACACUCCCCUUUUCCCACUCACAUCUUUACAGAAAUCAUUAUCAUCUUCUUCUCAUGGAUUUCUUCGAUUUUGACAACGUCAAAGCUCAAAAAGCAGGGGCCAUAUUAUGGUACAGUCACCUGCGAAGCUUGACGAAUCUGUUUCGUGUAAUUGAGUUUGGCCUUGCUCUUCUGCUUCUCUCUUGGAUCUUCAAUCGCCUUCCGUUUCUUGUCACGGUUUUCCUGCGAGUUGCAGGCGUAAUCGCCAGCCCAAUCUUCGUUUUCAUGCUCUGCAACGCUAUAAUCGUCACUCUCAUAGUUAAAUCUGGUAGAUUCUCCGGCGAGAAUCCCGCCGCAGACAAUGCUGAGACUGAGCUCUACGAGGAAUUGUUAAAAAACAACGGAAAUCAUCCCUGUCCCAAGUCAUUGUCGUCUUCUUCUUCAGAGAUUCCUUCACCUUCUCCACAGUCUCCGCCUCCCGCAACAGAAGAGAUCGAGUACCAAGACAAAGAGAUAAUUAUCUCUAAAAUUAAUGCUGUCGCUAAAACUGCCAGCGAAGGUGACGAUUGUUUUGGCGAAAUGGGCUUGUCGUCGGAUUCUGAAUCGGACUCUAAUAAUCCGAGAGUUUAUCGGAGGUCGAAAUCAAUGAAGCUAGAGAGCAGCUACCCGGAAAAGGUGACAGGGAAGAAGCUACUGCGGCGGUCAGAGACGGAGAAGUGCAGAAAUGAAGUAAUUUCUGAGGGAUUAUGUUUAGAAGAUGAAUUGAGUGAUGAAGAGUUUCAGCGUGCAGUAGAUGAGUUCAUUGCGAAGCAUUUAAGGCUUCGUCGCCAAGAAUCCAUGUCUAUUGUUCUUCAGAAACGGAGCUCAAUCUCUGAAAUUGAGAAAAAUGGCAAGAACUUAUGAUUUUCUACUUUUUGCUUCUUCUUUUCUCUUUCCCUAUUGCUGUGUACAGUAAAUUUCCAUUAAAGAAACACUGUUGAAACUGUGCUUUUUGUUUCUGAAACUUUUAAUCUGCAUGAUGA